AUGCCGAAACUACCCUUCACCAAAGAGAAAUUACCGAGUCAAAGCGUUCACCCCCAAACCAAUACUUCGAAUUUCAAGGAUCAGAGGAUCUCGUUGUUGAUUUUGCUUCGUAUCGAUUUGGAUUUCGGAAAUUCUGCAAUGCACAGGGUUGGUAGUGCAGGCAACACUUCCAAUUCAGUUCGUGCUCGUAAGGAGAAGCGAUUGACUUAUGUGUUGACUGAUGCUGAUGAUACAAAGGUUCAGCAUUGUGCAGGUGUAAAUAGUUUGGCCCUACGAAAAUCAUCAGCUCCAGAUAAUUGUAGUUACCUUUUCACUGGUAGCCGUGAUGGGAGGUUAAAGAGAUGGGAAGUGUCUGAAAACAGUGCUACUUGUUCAGCUACAUUUGAGUCUCAUGUAGACUGGGUCAAUGAUGCAGUCCUUGUAGGAGAAAAUACCCUUGUCUCCUGCUCCUCAGACACCACUGUUAAGACAUGGGAUUGCUUUUCUGAUGGAACUUGCACAGGAACUUUCCGCCAACACACAGAUUAUGUCACUUGUCUUGCUUCUGCAGAGAGAAAUGGAAAUAUUGUUGCCUCUGGUGGUUUAGGUGGUGAGGUGUUCAUAUGGGAUCUUGAAGGUGCACUUGCUCCUUUGACCAAGUCAAACGAGGGUGAUGAUGAUUGUUCAAAUGGCAUCAAUGGUUCAUUUCCAGUUACAAGUCUGCGAACUAUCAGCUCAAGCAACAGUAUUUCAUCACAUACAAAUCAACCUCAAGGAUAUGUUCCUGUUGUUGCUAAAGGACAUAAGGAGUCUGUAUAUGCAUUAGCAAUGAAUGAUAGUGGAACUCUUCUGGUCUCAGGUGGGACUGAAAAGGCUGUACGUGUUUGGGAUUCUAGAACUGGUUCAAAAACAAUGAAGCUUCGAGGGCACACAGAUAAUGUCAGGGCUCUGCUUCUUGACUCUACAGGGAGAUUCUGCUUAUCAGGAUCCUCUGAUUCUAUGAUCAGAUUAUGGGAUCUUGGACAACAACGAUGUGUCCACUCAUAUGCUGUUCAUAUGGAUUCUGUAUGGGCACUUGCAAGCACUCCAUCAUUUAGCCAUGUGUACAGUGGUGGAAGAGAUCUUUCUUUGUACUUGACAGACCUUGCAACAAGGGAGAGUAUCUUAUUGUGCACAAGGGAACAUCCUAUUCAGAAAUUAGCAUUACAUGAUGAUGGAAUUUGGGUUGCAACUACAGAUUCUUCUGUGCAUAGAUGGCCUAUUGAAGAUCAGAAUCCUCAACAAGUGUUUCAGAGAGGUGGUUCGUUUCUUGCUGGAAACUUGUCGUUUUCAAGGGCACGUGCUUCCUUGGAAGGAUCUACCCCUGUCCCUGUCUAUAGAGAGCCAACACUCACUGUUGAGGGGAUUCCUGGCAUAGUGCAGCAUGAAAUUCUAAACAAUAGAAGACAUGUCCUCACAAAGGAUAAUGGUGGUUCUGUGAAGCUUUGGGAGAUCACUAAAGGCGUUGUGAUUCAGGACUAUGGAAAGGUUUCAUUCGAGAAGAAGAAGGAAGAACUUUUUGAGAUGGUCAGCAUACCUGCGUGGUUCACUGUAGAUUCUAGACUGGGGUCCUUGUCAGUGCAUUUGGAUACCCCACAAUGCUUCUCUGCAGAGAUGUAUGCUAUUGACCUCAACAUCACCGAAAAAGCUGAGGACGAUAAGAUUAACUUGGCACGGGAAACACUCAAAGGGUUGCUGGCUCAUUGGCUGGCUAAAAAAAAGGUUAAAUAUGGAUCUCAACCUUUGGCCAAUGGGGAAGUGACAUCUGUCAGGGAUAGGGAUAUUUCUGUUAUCACGGAGGGUUCUCAAGGUGGUCAAUGGAGGAGGAAAAUUACUGAGCUUGAUGGAGUAGAAGACGAGGAGUUCCCAUGGUGGGUUUUGGAUUGUGUCUUGCAUAAUCGGUUGCCACCCAGGGAAAAUACCAAGUGCAGCUUUUACUUGCAACCAUAUGAAGGUUCAGCUCUCCAGAUCUUAACACAAGGGAAGCUGAGCGCACCUCGUAUUUUAAGAAUACACAAGGUUGUGAACUAUGUGGUGGAGAAGAUGGUUGUGGAGAAGCCAUUGGAUAGUUUGAUUAAUGAUGCGGGAGGGCAGUUGCCACUUCCUUUUGUUGGAGAUGGUUCCUUUAAAUCCAUGGGAUUGAAGCCUUGGCAAAAGCUAAAACCAUCUGUAGAGAUCUUGUGCAAUAAUCAGGUCUUAAAUCCUGAGAUGAGCUUGGCUACUGUCCGGACUUACAUAUGGAAAAAAACCGAAGACCUUCCACUACACACACACACACAAGGUCGGUACAUAUACAUAUAUAUCCUAUCAUGA